AUAAGAAAGAAAGAAAGAAAGAAAGAAAGAAAGAAAGAAAGAAAGAAUAAAUAUAGAAAUAAUAAAUAAAAAAACUAAAAACUGUGUGACCUCCAGACCGGAAGUCGGCGCUGCUGCGUCAUCAAACCGCCGAACAGCGUGGUCAGAGUUGCAUGAUGGGAUAUGGAGUCCUGCGGCGGCGCGCUGCCGCCAUGUCACCUAGAGAGAGACGGUUAGCGCUGCUCUCUGCUCUCUGCGUCGCUGGCCUCGCUCUUUAUUACUACAUCCCUACUUUCCUCUGCUUGUCGUUAAUCCUCGCGGGGUGUUGUAUCGUGUGUUACUAUCACAGCGGAGCACAACCGCUGCUUCCCGCCAGGCUAGGCCUCCUCGAUCCCCGGGCUCGCGUGAACGUCCCUGCCGCGCUCCGGCGCUGGUUGUCGGGUUGGAGGGUGACCGGCGUGUCGGUGGCGGAGUCCCCUGGAGGGAGAGUGAAAGGCGGCUACAGGAGCUUCAGAGAACCGGGGGUUUAUCACAGAGAACCGGGGGUUUACCGGAGGGAGACGUUACAGAGUGACUCGUUCCUGUUCAGCCCCAGAGAUCUGCUCAUGGGGAGUUACAUCGGGAGACCGGAGAGUCCACCGGCCGGAGAGAUGAGGCCGAGAGCCGGCAGGAACACCCGGGAGCUGCUGCGGGAGAGACUCUCCAGACCCAACCACGCUGUCUACACACCCAACAGGAGGCUCUCCUUCACCGGGGAGCCGCCGGGCUCAGGGAGCAGAUUCACCAUCACCCCCCAGCGUCACUAUCCCCUGCAGCAGCCGGGCGUCUCAUCAGUGGGAGUCCUGCCUCCUGUCAACUGGGAUGGCUUCAGGAAGAAAAACAUCCUCAGUCCCCGCAACUCCCAGACUGUCCUCAGCCCCGUCACGGUGAAGAUCGCCCGGCCCGACCACCACAGCUCCCCCAGUUUGGACCAUCUGAGUUGUGCAGGGCUCCCGAGGGCCCCGGUGGACCCCUGCUCCAGAGAAAGUGUCCUCAAGGUAUUGAAGGAAAGCCGCAAGAGAGAAGUGGAGGAAGAGGACAGAAGCUUCACAACUGAGCAGAAAAGCAAAAGAAGGCGUAACGACAGCGGUGGAAGUGCACACUCUGCUUUUGAGCCUCUUCUGCCCAACGGGACGCCGUCACAGCUGGUCCCUAAGCCAGGAACCCUGAAAAGAGGGAUGACCUCACUGGCGGAGGAUUCGAUCAUGAAGAGGUCUCGCUGCUCCUCCAUCAGCUCCGGUAGUGGGGUCCAUGCCCCGAGAGGAACCCCAGGCACCAUGAGAAACCCUAUCCAGAGCUCCUACAGCUCUACACUAGGCCUCAGCCAGUGGAAGAAGCGGUCAGCACCCAGCUCCCCUCUGUCCAGCCCCGGAUCAUCUCGCUGUCAGACUCCAGAGGGAGUCUCCAAAAGACCCAGAGAGGACGACGGGCUGUCUCCCAGCUCAGCUUCCUCAGUGAGGUCGGACCAGACGGCCUCCGACAAGGCACCUGCUACUUCCAAGCAGACUCCAGUCCUCAAGAUCCCAGUCCCUACCUCCACAGACUCUACUGGGAGCGGUGGGAAGAGAAAACGUAAGAUCCAGCUGGUGUCCAGCCACCGGGACGAUCAGAUCUCUCUGCCCCCGCCUCCAGAGCUGGGCUACACCAUCACUGCGAAAGACCUGGAUGAAGAGAAAAAGGCUGCGCUCAGCAAGAUCCAGAAGGUCCUGGAGACGCCUGCUCCGGAGCCAGAGAAGUCCAUCUCUCCCCCAGCCACCACUUCCACCCAGCCGGCCCUCUCUACCAGCUCCACCACCGCCACCACCCUGAGCAGCCUUCUGGCAGCUCCUCUGCCCACAGUAGACUCCAGCUCUGCCAUCCCAGUCAUCAACCUGGAUCCCAGUCCAGGCAUCAGCGUCAGCACGGCGCCUGUGGCCUCUAACCCGCUGCUGGAGGCUCUGAAAAUGAAGAUCAUCAUUCCUGCUAGCUCCACAUCUGCUGCCAACACAACUACAGUGUCUGCAUCAGCCACGCCGGUACAACCCAGUGGCUUAAUCCUGAAGAUUGCGACUCCAGCGCUCACCCCACAGCUCCCUCCUGCCUCCCAGUCUCAGUCCUCCUCUGCAGGUGUGGAUCAGCCCUCUGCCUUCACUCAGGUGCUGGGUCAGGUCUCCAGGGCCUCCAGCGGCACUCCACCUGUUACAGGAAGCGGCCUGUUUGGAUUGGCGAGUCAGAUCGGCGCCCCCGCUGCUUCCUCAGCCGCCAACUUGUUCACUACUGCUGCGCCUGCUCCAGCUAGCAGCAUUGCGUCAGUCGUUAAUACCAACCCUCUGGCUUCAGGGUUCAAACCCAUUUUCUCCCUCACCACCACCCCCACCUCCGCCGCAGCAGCUACAUCAUCAGCCCCGGAGAGCAAACCUGUCGAAAAUUUCAAACCCAUCUUUGGAGCUGCCACCACAGGUGCUGGCUUUGGACAGCCUCCACCGUACACAACGAGCAACCCAGCUUCUACCGUUUCUUCAAGUAGUACAUCCUCAAUGUUUGGAUCAACAAGCAGCACCACCGUUACACCAUCUCUUUUCCCUGGCUUGACCAACACGCCCACAUGCAUGGCCUCCACCGGCUCCACCACGCAGCCUGCAGCAUCGCCAGCUGUGAAAUCCCUCUUUGGAAACUGGUCUACACCAUCCACAACCAGUACCAGCUCAGCCUCAAUGCAGGCCCCUAAUACCGGGAGCACAUUUCAGUUUGGAACUGCUCCCACCACUACCACCGCCGCUGCUGCUGCUGCUACCACAACCAGCAACAGCGGCUUCACGUUUGGUGCCAUGCAGCCAGACCCUCAAGCAGCCAACCAGAAGGCAUUCGCCUUUGGCCAGGCAGCACCCAGCCAGAACACAACCACUGCUUCAUUUGGAGGUUUUUCCAUGACCAACGCAGCCCCCACUACUACUGCUGCUGCUGCAGCCACCACGCAGUCCACCUUCGCCUUUGGAAAGUCGUCGUUUCAAGCACCGGCAGCGCAGACGACCUUUGGCUCCUCAGCGGCACUGGCGGUGCAGACAACCUUUGGCUCUUCGUCGGCACCGGCAGCCCAGACAACCUUUGGCUCCUCGGCGGCACCGGCAGUCCAGACAACCUUUGGCUCCUCAGCGGCACCGGCAGUCCAGACAACCUUUGGCUCCUCAGUGGCAACAGCAACGCCGUCAACCUUUGGCUCCUCAGUGGCAACGGCAACGCAGUCAACUUUUGGCUCCUCAGCGGCAACAGCAGCCCAGACAACAUUUGGUUCCUCCGCGGCAACGGCAGCCCAGACAACAUUUGGCUCCUCAGCGACACUGGCAACACAGUCAACCUUUGGCUCCUCAGCAGCAACGGCAGCGCCGUCAACCUUUGGCUCCUCGGCUGCACCCGCAGCGCAGAUGACUUUUGGCUCCCCCACGACACCGGCACCAACUUUUGGCUCCUCCUCCUCCGCAAAACCAUUCUCCUUUGGAGGCGGCGUGGCAACAUCAUCCACACCCGCCCCUAACACCGCCCCACCCCCCUUCCCUUUUGGCUCAGCUGUUGUCACCACAGCAACCAGCUUUGGCACCCAAGCCAAACCAGCAUUUGGAGCCAGCUCCACUGGUUUUGCUUUUGGUGGCACCACCGCUCCCUCGGCCGCACCCAACUUCGGUGCAGCAACCCAGACUCAGAGUGCCUCCUCAGCCGGCUUCACAUUUGGCGGUGCUGCUCCUCAGCAGGUUCCCGCCGGCCCCGCUCAGACAGUACCCAGUGGAUUUAACUUUGGUGCUGCUGCUGGUAUGCCGUGCCCCCAGUUUGGAACACCAGUCCCCAAUAAUCCUGCACCGCAGAUGGGAAGCUUCAACUUUGGGGCUGCUGCUACUGACAAACCAGCUUUUGGGACGUCGACCCCAUCCUUCGGCCAGAGUGCUGCUGCCGCUGCAGGUCCAAUUCCCUUUGGAAGUCCUGGAACUCCAGUCCAAGGCUUCAGCGCUGUUCCUUUUGGGUCUCCAGCGACUCCCUCCUUUUCCAUUGGAGCCGGAUCGAAGCCAUCUGGAGCUCGCCAGAGGCUGCAGGCGAGGAGGCAACACAACAGGAAGAAGUAACCUGCUGCACGUGUCCAGCACCGCUUUCAGAGGACUUCAGCCGUUGCUGCUGUUGCUGCUAUGGUUAAUCUGGCUAACAUUGCUCUGUUCUAAGCCCAACACCCCCCCUUCCCCACCCAACAAGAACAAGAACCAGGCCCCUCUGCUUCCUUCCCCUCCUCCUCCCGUGGGUUGUGCUGGCCCCGAAACGUUGUGUUUGCAGAGGAGUUAGAAAGAGCACACCGGAGUUAAUGCUGCCUGGAUGACUACAUGACCCAGAGAGAGGGAAUGUAGCAGUGAGGAGAAUCCGUAACGAUGUACUAUACUUGAAGAGAGAGACGAUUGAAUAGUUUGAUUCUGAACAAAAGCAUAUCCAAAGUUGUUUUUUUUCCUUUACAGUAUGUGGACACUCCCAUCGGUUCGUCUUAAGGAGAGAGAGUUGAGUCAGGCAAAAGACAUGGAGCUCGUGGCUCAGACAUUUAUUUUUUUACGUGAAGCGCUCACUGGUUUGUAUGUUACGGAGUAUCUGAGUACAUUAUCUGAAUGUGAGUGUGAAUAGGAUGUGAAACGCACAGUUGAUUCAGAUGAGGUACACAACACUUUGCAGUGUAAAUGUAAAGUUAUGAGACGUUUGCUUUUUAAAUUAUUUUUUUAAUUGGCUCUCUGACCCUGUUAAUGAAUGAUGUGUUUCUGCACACAGGGCGACUUAGUAAAAUGUCUUAAUGUAGUUAGUGCAGACCUUUGUGUUCUUGUUUCUCUGUGUCAUUGCAAGCAUUCCCAGAGUCCUCCCAUGGACGGCCUUUUCUUUGUCUGAAAGUGAUUGCCAACACUGAUGUAAUUAGCAGGAUUGGUAUAUGAUUAGGAUGUCUACUCAAAACCAAAGCCAACUCUUCAACUUCAUGCCUGUGAAAAGAAUCUGUGAUCUUUAUCUCCUCUUUAAACUCUUGAGAUGCGUUUGUUUUGUGCCAGACUACCUCUCUUUACUCCAGGCACUGAAUCUCUGUUACUUCACUGAAAAACAAAUCUGACUUAGAUCGUACCUUUAACUACUGUUAAUGCAGAUGUACCUUUAAUAAGUACAAAGCAACACAUUAUCCCAUCAGAUUUAUUAAAAACACAGUGUGUCAGAUUGCUUGGUAAUUACAGAAAUCCUCCCUGUGCUGCAGAGGGUUGUUCUAGUCUCUGAUGUCUCUUACUUGCACCAGGAGGUGAAGGAUUUUGUCAAACAAACAUGACAGUGAACCCGUUGAUGUCGGCAGUCAGUUAUUUUCCUGUUCUCAGUAAUAAUCACCUCUUCUUGUGAAAAGUGAGCAGUAUCUGAUGCAGUUUUUUUUGGAUGGUUAAUUUUGAAUAAAUAAAAACAGAAUUUUGGACGUGGAUGUUCCAGGAAGAACAUUUUAACCCUUCAAGGUCCCAUUCUUCUACUUACUGUA